UGUGUUAGUGCCCGUCGGAAAACAUCAUGCUAGUUUUGAGUUUUUAUAAAAAAAACUGAAAGUUUAUUUAAUAAAACUUUUAAAUCGUAACGUCUUGAAUUAAGAUUAAAGUGAAAGAAGAAAGAAUUGUGUGGGUUUUGUGAUUUACUUGUAGUCAAACUCUGUAUUCGAAGAGUGCACGAGGCAAAAUGAGUCGCCGAAAACGAGCAAAGGUUGAAUAUAGAGAAAUGGAGGAGAAGUAUAAUCAACUGGAUGAUGAAAAUACUUCCGAUACUUCUGAAAAAUCAAAAACUGGUUUGGGAACACCGGAAAAGAAGGGUUUAAUAGAAACCAAAAAGGAUCCGGAACCAGUAGCAACUGCUCCUCCACCAAUUCCGGCAAAGAGUGAAACGAAGGAGGAGGAAGAUCAGGACAGUGAUCACGAAGAUCCACAUGUGAAAGAAUUGCUCAAUGGCCUAGAAGGUGCUGCAUUUCAAAGUCGUCUUCCUUUCGAUAAAUUAACAUCAACUGAAGCAGCUUGCUUUCCUGAUGUUUCCAAUGGACCUCCACAGACUCAAAAAGUUUUUUUGCACAUUAGAAACAGAUUAUUGCAAAUAUGGUUGGAAAAUGCAAAACAACAACUCAUUUUUGAAAAUGCCUUGCCUCAAAUUGAGGCGCCUUAUAAUAGUGACACAAUUCUUGCACGACGAGUUCAUGCUUUUCUAGAACGACACGGAUUCAUUAAUUUUGGUGUAUUUAAACGACUCAAGCCAAUUCCAACGAAGAAAUUAGGCAAAGUAAUAGUAAUUGGUGCAGGAAUUGCAGGUUUAGCUGCAGCUCAACAAAUGCAACAAUUUGGCUUGGAGGUCAUUGUUUUGGAAGCUAGAGACAGAGUAGGUGGACGAAUUGCAACAUUUCGAAAAUCGUCCUACAUUGCCGACUUGGGGGCAAUGGUUGUUACUGGUCUUGGUGGCAAUCCUGUAACAACCCUCAGUAAACAAAUUAAUAUGGAAUUGCAUAAAAUUAGACAAAAAUGCCCCCUAUAUGAAAGUGACGGUCAAACUGUACCAAAAGAUAAGGACGAAAUGGUCGAAAGAGAAUUUAAUCGUUUACUAGAAGCAACUUCGUAUCUUUCGCAUCAUUUAGAUUUUAAUUAUGUUAAUAAUAAUGCUGGUGGAGCAACGCAACCAACUCCAACACGUCCAGUUUCUUUGGGACAAGCUCUCGAAUGGGUGAUAAGAUUACAAGAGCAGGGUGUUAAACAAAGACAAGUUACUCAUCUUGGACAAUACCUGGCCUUGCAAGGACGACUUAUAGCCAAUCAACAUAGAAUGAUUGCUAUUAAGGAACGUUUGGUUGAAUUAGAUAAACAAUAUAAAGAAACACAGGACAGUAAACAAGCAAGAGAUAUUACGCAGGAGUUCGUUUUGAGGUCAAAAUUGCGUGACUUGCAUAAUGUUUGUAAAGAGUGGGACCAGCUUGCGGAACAACAGAAAGAAAUUGAGGCUAAGCUUCAAGAAUUAGAAGCCUCUCCUCCAAGCGAUGUAUAUUUAUCCUCGAAGGACCGACAAAUAUUAGACUGGCAUUUCGCAAACUUGGAAUUCGCCAACGCCACAUCACUGUCCAAUUUAAGUCUGAAGCAUUGGGACCAGGAUGACGACUUCGAAUUCACUGGCAGUCAUCUAACGGUUCGAAAUGGAUAUUCGUGUGUACCGGUGGCACUGUCUGAGGGUCUUGAUAUACGAUUGAAUACAGCAGCAAGAGCCGUGAGAUAUGGACCAAAUGGAGUUGAAGUUUGGGCAGCGCCUGCAAGAAGUCCUCAAAGUAGUCACACUGUCUAUAAAGCUGACGCUGUGCUCGUCACUCUUCCCUUGGGAGUAUUAAAAGCACAAGCCGCACCUUCGGCAGUUAGCUUCAAUCCUCCACUUCCCGAUUGGAAAACACAAGCCAUUCAAAGGCUGGGCUUUGGCAAUCUCAACAAGGUGGUAUUAUGUUUCGAACGCAUUUUUUGGGAUCCAACGGCAAACUUGUUCGGUCAUGUUGGAAGUACAACGGCGUCUCGUGGUGAACUCUUUUUAUUCUGGAAUUUGUAUAAAGCGCCGGUCCUUCUGGCGCUGGUCGCCGGAGAAGCCGCUUGCGUUAUGGAAAAUGUCAGUGACGACGUCAUCAUCGGUCGCUGUAUUGCUGUACUCAAGGGUAUUUUUGGAAACCAAGUUGUGCCUCAGCCCCGUGAGAGCGUUGUAACAAGGUGGCGUGCUGAUCCCUGGGCUCGAGGAUCUUAUAGUUUUGUAGCCGUUGGAAGUUCCGGAAGUGACUACGACCUUCUUGCUGCACCCGUGAUUCCCCCGCCUCCGCCAAACCAACCGUCAGGAGCAACGCCACCCCAACCACGUUUAUUUUUCGCCGGUGAACACACGAUACGCAAUUAUCCAGCAACAGUGCACGGAGCAUUUUUAAGUGGACUCAGAGAGGGUGGCCGUAUAGCAGACCAACUUUGUGGAAGUCCGUAUGCACCUCCUAACUUAACCACUUCCGUUGCCUCGUCAACCGCAAUCCCUACAGCUACUCCGAGCUCAGGCGUAACUCCAUAAAGACUUCUCUUUCUCUCUCUCUCCCUCUCUCAUUUUCUCUCAUUCUCUCUCUCUCACUGGCCCCGCAGCUAAUGCGUUCGUUCGCGCAAAAUCUUCACAGACUAGUGACUACCAACUCUCGGAAACAUUGAAAACUUUUCCUUAAAGUUUCAUCAGCAGAUCUUGUGAGAAAAGUUUUCAAAAAGAAGAA